AUCCCAACAAGCCCAGAGAGAGACAGCAGCAGCAGUUGACGGGAGGACGCGUUUUAUUCUUAUUUUAAAGGGACAGAACUCCAUUUUAACCGACCGAAAUGUGGCGUUUCGUUGCCCUUAGCUAUUCGGGACCUGAAAAGAGCCGGGGGAAAGCGGGUGGGACGCCUGCAGGGUUAUUAUAUUAGGAGAAAGGAUCCAGAAAGAGCCCGUUUGUGUGUGUCAGAGCCCUCCUCGGCUCAGCUCUCUCUCGGCUGUGUCUGUGCCGUGGCCCUGCUCGGAGACGGCUCGGAAAAGGCUCCUCACCUCACUUCACUUGCUAUUCAAAAACUGCUCUCUUUUUACGGCCAGCAGCAGCUCGCUAUUUCAUUCUGUCCAAGGACCACCUGCUGACCCUCCCAUUGCUUCCGCUUCUUUAAGAGGGACUUGUAAGUGGCCACUGAGUACGAAGCUUGUGGCAGUAGAUUACAACAGGGCAUCAUGGUAAAUGUUGGAAAUGAUGAGAAGGCCACGCUGUAGGCUGUCAUCCACUUUUGCGGAGUUAGCGCUGGGAAGCGAAAGGCCACGAUGAACUUGGACUGGCUUGGCCUUCCUUCUUUAGUGAUGAGAGCUCCAAACACCAGUCGGCGAUCACUGUAGGAGAAGCGGCUCAGGCCUCUCUCUUUCCAGGACCUUAACUCUUGAGCCAUGUGUCUCCAGAAAUGAGCUGCAUCUGAUCUCCUCUAUGUAGGCCCUGCCUGCCACCCUCUUCCCCCUCCCCUUCCCUAACCAGUAGACAGGCUCCUGCUAAGAGAGACAACGAUGGGAAGCACCAUCGCCCUGUAGGAGGAUCGCCAUGAAAGAGCACAGAGGCCCGGCCAUGUGCCCGAGCAUAAAGUUGUGAGAGUGAACGCAGCCACGCAUGGUCCCUGUUUGGAAGACCAGGAUGACAUGUGGUCUGCCAACACUGAUGGACGUGUGAUAUCUUGCGAAGGUGUCGUGAACUGGACGACAGUGCCCAGGACCUGAAUCAUGAAUGGAGGAAAAGAGCAUGAGGGCGGGGACAGGGAGGGCCACACCCUCAUCGCCCAGGUGCCGAUUGGUUGGCGGCGCGAAGCAGAUUCCAGCAGAGUGGUCUAUAUAAGUCCCAGUGGGUCUGUGCUCUCCUGCCUGGAGCAGGUGAAGACCUACCUACUGACUGAUGGCACCUGCAAGUGUGGCCUGGAGUGUCCUCUCGUCCUGCCCAAGGUGUUCAACUUUGACCCCGGGGCCACCGUCAAGCAAAGGACUGCGGAAGAUGCAAAGGCCGACGAGGACGUCACCAAGCUCUGCAUCCACAAAAGGAAGAUCAUCGCUGUGGCUGCUCUGCACAGGAGUAUGGGAUCCCCACAUCCUUCUGUAGCUCUCAGCUGUUCAGGUGGUGGCACAGGUUCAACGUCAGUGGUCGCAACAUGUUCUGUGACUCCACAAGCAAUAAGGAAUAAAUUACAGGAGGGCCAGCCCAAUUCCGUACUUGCCGACUGCAAAAAUCCCUUCAAGGCCUUAAUCGCAGGCCAGCGACAGUACCAACAGGACCUCAGCGUGGCCCAGCAGCACGAGCUCUACCCAGGCCACCAGAAGCAGUGGCUGGGCAGUGGGGAGCAUGGUCAGAGGUCCCCAUACCGUGCAGGGCAUGGUGGUCUGUUGAGCCCUGCCUCCUCAGGCUCACUGGUCUACGGAGACGGCCCACUGUCCCCUAGGGCGGACCCCCUAGGUAGCCCUGAUGCUUUAGCACGCAGCAAUUUCCAUGGGGUCGGCAGCCCCAGUCCCCUCCACAGCCAUGGCAGAACAGCGCUAUCCCCACCAACCGCCCUGCGCCACAGCUCCCCUGUCCCCCAGCUGUCCUGCGCCAUGGCCGGGAGGACUAAUGUACCCCUCUCUCCCACCGUGUCCGCCAAAAGCCCCGUGAUGAAGAAGCCUGCGUGCAGCUUCCCACCAAACAUGGAUAUGCCUCGCACUGCCUUUCACCACAAGCCCCAGCCUGGGCCCCAUCCCCAGCACCUGCCACCUCUGCCCCCACCUUGUGUCCUCCAAAAAAAGCCGGUGACUUCAGAGAAGGACCCCCUGGGCAUCCUGGACCCCAUCCCCAACAAGCCAGUGAGCCAGAGUCCUAUAGUUAUGAACCCAUCCAGUUUCCAACCCAGUGUCCACUCUCAGGUACCAGUGAUGAAUGUAAACAUCCCUCCUGCCAUCGUCCCUCUACCAAGCAACCUCCCCUUGCCAACAGUCAAGCCUGGGCCCGUUGGCCAUGGAGGGCAUCCGCAGAGGCUCCAGCAUGCAGUGGCCACCACAUCCAUAUCACCGUCUCCAGUCACCUCGCCAGCACACCUAAGCACUUCUGCCAUAGGAAGGAUGGAAGCCUCGCCGCAAAGGUCCCGCUCGUCCUCCACCUCCUCAGAUCACGGGAGCUUCAUCGUGCCCGCUGGUCCCCAGGUGCCCUGCAGCAGCAUGAAGCCCCCUCCCAGGUCCCCCAGGUCCUCUGUGGGCUCACCACGCCCUUCCAUGCCUUCCAGCCCUUCCACGAAGUCUGAAGCUCUCCACCCUUACAAAGAUUUGCCCAGUCAACUUCUGGGGAUCAACAACGUCCUCAGCACUCAGCCCAGCUCCAUGUUCCCACCAGCUUCGGCUGCCAACGUGCCCCAGAAGGGCCAUGCAGGCCUGCUAGGAAUGCCCCUCAACCAGAUCCUGAAUCAGCAUAAUGCUGCCUCUUAUCCUGCAAGCAGCCUCCUUUCAUUAGCAGCCAAAGCACAGCUAGCCAAUCAAAAUAAACUCACAGGCAAUGGCAGCAGCGUAGGUAGUGGCAUUGGGGAUGGCAGUAGUGGUGCUAAUGGCACUAGCUCUGCCCUCAGUAGUGGCGGGGGCCCUGAUGGUCACAGCACUUUAAACUCCAUGUUUCCCCCUGGGCCCAAUGCACUGCUGAGCUCGGGUGAGGGUCAGAGCGGGCGGGCCGCGUUGCGGGACAAGCUCAUGGCUCAACAGAGGGACCCUCUACGCAAGCGCAAGUUGCCCGCUGGUGGCCACAGUGACAUUGUACUCGGCAUGCUCAAGUCCCAGAUUGGAGGAGCUAGACCCCCUGGCUCCCCAGAACAGUUGAGGAGACCCACACGGCCAGGUGCCCUCCCCCCUUCCACCUCUAUGGCACAGCUGCUCCAGUCCAUGAGCUGUCAGAGUUCCCACGCGGCAGCGGGCAAUGGGCCCGGUUGCAUGGGCCCUGGCCCUGGAGGCCCCUGCGGCCCAAGCCAGAUGCACUAUGUGGACGGGGCUGUGCCUUCUGGGCCCCCUCAGCAGCACCUAACAGCAUCACAGAGGCUGCACAGUGGAGAUGGCCUUCACCGCCACUGCAUGGAUGCUGCUGUGGUCCAGGACAGGGCCCACGGUCCACAUGGGCCAUUUACUGGGCUGGCCAACCAGGUGUUGUCCUCAGCUCCCUCCACAGGCUGCAGACCUCUUGGGAACCCUCACCCUCAUCACCAUCAGCCACAAGGCUACAGUCACACCCGCAUUCGGACCACCGUGCCAUCCAUGGCACUCAGCAGCAAUGGAGGCAACUGUGUGCAAAUGGAGCAAGGAGACACCUCCUCCCUGAACAUCAGGCUCACCAAGUCACAGCUGGGUCGUCUCCAGUCCCUCAUCAACCAUGGGCAGGUGGUCCCACAGCAUGGUCAGCCACCGUUCGUUCAGGGUCUGCAGGACAUGCAAGGGUUCCAGGCUUCACGCUCCUUCCCUGAAGAGCCUUUCCCUGAACACCCUGCUUCUAAUCCCAUGGCAUGUCUGUUUCAGAACUUCCAGGUGGGCUUGCCUGAAAGCAUUUCAGUCCCCAACAAACGUGUGAGCCCUCAGUCAGGGAUGCCUUCACUUCCUGAGGCCGUAGGGCUGAAUUCGCUGCAGCAGUUGCCAGACGGCACAUGUGAGCCACAGUCCUCAACCUUGGCCCCGCCCACUAGUAUUCCUGGAGCAGAAGGUCUCCCAGGAGGUAGAGUGGACUCUGUGGACGCCAUCUACAGGGCAGUAGUGGAUGCAGCCAGUAGGGGCAUGCAUGUAGAGAUCACGGCUGCAGCAGGUGGCACUACACAGGCCAGCCCCCUCCCCGCCCUGAGUGCCAUGAGUGCCUUUGCCACCUCUGCUGGAGAACCGGUCAUCCUCCCCCAUGCUGUCAGUGCCGUCAUCCACAAUCAACGAGCACCCCAGCAGGACACGGACACCCAGCUACAGCCGCCUCGGGGUAGCCGCCCCCGCAUAAAUUCUGAGCAGGGCAAGGGAACGCCAGAGAGUGACCACUUCCGCUCCCCUGGUCGCGGCACCCCCAGGCGGCAGUGGGAAGGUGAAGUGGGGAUUCCAGUAGUGGACGGUGCCACCCAGUGGCGUGGUGAGGAGUUCCUGGAGUGUUCUACCCAAGUGCGGAGCAGCAGCCCCUGUUUGGAAAGGACACCAUGCCCUGCCGAGCUCCCUCAGGAGCACACUGCUUUCCUGGAGGAGAGCCUCCGCUUCAGCAGCUGUAAGCAGGCAGCCGCCAAUUUCAAAGAGCGACUGGAGCAGACAGUUGAGCGUUGCGCUCACAUGAAUGGCAGUGCACCGCAUCCAACCCCGGCCCGAGGGUAUGGGGAUGUACUGGGCCCCUCCAGGCAGGAGUUACCAAUGGACGACCAGUCCCCUGGCUCCUCCACUAGCCUGGAGGGCCCCCUGGCAAAGGAUUAUGGGCACUACAAUGGGCACUACAAUGGCUGUGCACCCAGUCCUUCUGACACCAAGAGCCUCAGUAGCGAGGAAGACCUGCGGCAGCCCGACUCUCCUUCCUCCAGUGAGCUCCUCCACUACCGGCCGCCACGGACGUUUCACAUGGGAGACCUGGUGUGGGGCCAGAUCAAGGGCUUCCCGCCUUGGGCCAGCAAGCUGGUGGGCAAGGGCCAGGGACUUCACUCAGGCAUGCAGAACAACCAGCAAGGCAGGGUGGAGCCAGAGAAGCUGAAGACACUAACCGAGGACCUGGAGGCACUUAACAGGGCCACCAAGUUGAACAGGAAAGGUGGGAAGUUGAAUAACCAUUUAGAAGCUGCUAUACAUGAGGCCAUGAGUGAGCUGGACAAAAUGUCGGGCAACGUUCAUCAGAUCUCAACAAGGGACCGGCAGGUCAAGCCCAAGAGGAGGAAGAUCUCUAGAUAACAUUGAAUGUUUUGGUCGCCAGUCCAGUGCUCAACUGUGGAACUGUGUACAUACAGAGUCUUAAUCAUUUAACCACCCCCCUUCCCACCCCAGCCCCUGGUGCUACAAUCACGCAGCGGUACAGUAUUUUUUCAAGCCCUUCCCCAUUGCCCCCCAAAUCCACCUCCAUUUAGGCACAGACUGAGAGUGAAGGUGCUGGACAAGCCAUGCAGAAACUGUGUAAACAAUAAUUGCAAUUUGUCUACAGCUUGCUGAAGAACUAUUUUCUUUUUCUAGAAUAAUUAAAAAAAAAAAAGAUCCUCCAUAUAAGGAAAUAAACAGUCCAAAUAUUUCUGAUACAUUUUCAGUAUGUAUAUAGACAAAUUUCAUGGUGAUAUUCUGAAAAAAAUGUAAAUGUUGUAUAAUAUGGUCAUGUACAAGCGUACCCAAUGCACACUUUAUCUUUUAUUGUACAAAACAGAAAAAGUGUAAAAAUUUCUUUGAUUUUUAUUCAGUACAUGGUCAGUAUGACUACCAGUGUAAACAGGAUUAAUAAAGAGAUACAGCCUAAAGCUUUUAUACAGUAUGACUACAAUUAAAAUGCUGUUUUCAUACCAAACAGCAGGAGAAAUAGGCAUGAUUACAUAAUCCCUGGAUUGUACCAGACACUUCACACCCAAUAAGAGUGUUCAUUUAUGUGUGUUUGAAAAGGAAUGAACUUUACCAGCUGAAUGUGCUUCUGGGCUCCUCUUGAACCAAGUCGCCGUGGCACUCGGAGCCACAAGUGAAAUUUUAGCAUCACUUGCGUGGCUGUGCACAUAGAUCACCCCACAGCAGAUGUGUCUCUCUAGAUCCCUGCUCUCUACUUGACUGGCGCAUAUAAUCCAGCCUCAUACAUGUUACAAGAGAAGAAAAGCCAUGUACUAGUAUGGAGACUAGGGUGUGUACUAAGUGUGUAGUAAGAUAUUCAGUAGUUGUUUGUACUUCAAAAGUAAAUCAAUUAUUUUUCUUGAAUAUUUUUGAUAAUACAGAUAGGAAUUCUAAGUGUUAGAUGCAUCCACUUGGAAAAUUAUAGCACACAAGGUUUAAAUCUUUAAAUCUGAAGUUAAACUGACUUGUCAUCCCAUUUAUAUCACUUGCUGUAGUCUGAAGUACAGGAAAUUAAUCCAGUGAUAUUCUGUCUGGUGACUGCAAAUAUCUGUAAUAUUGGCAAGAGUGAAACACAGCAUAGUUAAGCAACUGAAAUGAGGCAUUUUACUUUCUUUGGGCAUUUUGUGAUGUUUUUUAGAAUAUGUCAAAUUGGGGUCAAAAGUCUCAAUUCACUUCCAGCAGCUUGUUGUAUCUGACAGUUUAAAGCAGCCAACUGAUACACUGGGAUUUCAGAUGCAGGUCAAUUUAUCUUUUCCUUUUAAACCAUAGCGAAAGUUACCCAAAUACGCAAGAUUGUUUGUAUGACCUAAGCCUUAUAUCAAAUGCAAGAAACCCAGCUGCCAAAGCUUUAUCACUGGUUUUAUUUUUAAUUAGGGGCCUUAAUUGUUCUUUUUGU